UCAGCACAACUGAGAGGGUUAUAUAGAGCAUCGCAGUCUGUCUGCUUAAUAGGCUGCUUCUCUCUAAAUUACUGGAAGGGGACAACACAGAAAAAUACGGCAAUAUGAAACUGUACCUGGCUGUAGCCACCUUGAUGCUUGUGCUGAUUGCACACUCUGAGGCUGUAGAGGAGCCCACAAUUGAGCAGCACUUUGCCAAUUUCCACGCAAAACUCCAAGAGUUUGGAUCUGACUUGACAGAGAAGACUGCAAAAGCCCUGAAGGAGUUUGAGACUAGCGAGUUUGCCGCCAAAACUAAGAACUGGUUUACUGAGCAGUUUGAGAAGGUUAGGCAGAAGUUUGAUGAAACCUUUAACAAGCCUGAGUAAACCCUGUAGUCCCUGCCAAUGUGACAUCUGCGUCUCCAUGCCUCGUUGUGUGUGACAGACACAACCUGUUACCACCUCUACAAUAUGAUUAUCUGCUCAGUGAUGAUCUGUGCAAUAUCUUGUCAUUUUCAAAAAAAAAAUAUAUAUAUACAUAUAUACCAACGCUUUCAAUUUCUGAAAAUGUUCCAAUAAAUCCAGGAAACUGUCCAAACAUUAAAAAAAUACCUAAUCCA